UCUAUUUUUGAAUUAUCAUAGUAUUCCCACUAAAAACAAUGUGCAAAAGAGCAUAAUCAAUUGAAAAUGGCCGCCAAAGGCAGUGAAGGGAGCAAAGAGCGGUGAUGGAGAACGGAAUGAUAUCAGUCGACCGGUGGGCGAUCGGAAGUCAGGCCUACUUCCUCACCCACCUCCACGCCGACCAUACUCAGGGCCUCUCUCCGUCGUGGCGUCGUGGCCCACUCUUCUGCUCCCGCGUCUCCGCCAAGCUCUUCCCUUCCAAGUUCCCCGGCUUCGACCUCUCCCUCCUCCGCGUCGUCGACAUCGGACGGUGGCACUCUCUCUCAAUUGCCUCCCCGUCCUCCGGCUCCGCCUCCACGGUUCACUUCUUGGCCGUCGACGCUUAUCACUGCCCGGGAGCAGUCAUGUAUCUGUUUCGUGGUGAGUUUGGAUACAUGCUUUACACGGGUGAUUUUCGUUGGGAAGCAAAGAGCGAUAGAGCACUUAUAGGAAGGGCAAUGUUACUUAAUGCUCUGAAGGAUGUAAACCUUGAUUACCUGUACUUAGAUAAUACCUAUUGUAAUCCAGCAUAUGCCUUUCCUUCCCGUGAGGUGGCUGCUAAGCAGAUUGUGAAUAUCAUUGAAUCUCAUCCAAAGCAUGACAUUGUCAUUGCUAUUGACUCUCUGGGGAAGGAAAACCUUUUGGCAUACAUAUCCCGCGUACUCAAUGUAAAGAUAUGGGUGUGGCCGGAGCGCCUGCAGACCAUGCACCUGCUCGGUUUCCAUGACAUCUUCACAACAAAAACUUCUCUCACCAGAGUCCGUGCGAUUCCUCGUUACAGUUUUAGCAUCGAGACUCUAGAAGGUCUGAAUAGAAUGCGUCCAACAAUCGGAAUCAUGCCAUCUGGACUUCCAUGGGUAGCGAAAAACGACAAGGGAAAGAACCAUCCUUUGGGUCCUCCAGUUAUAGAUCCAAACAUUUUCAAAAAGUACCAUCAACACAUAUAUACUGUCCCAUAUUCUGACCAUUCUUGUUUUUCUGAGUUGAAAGACUUUGUGAAGCUUCUGAACCCAGUUGAUAUUAAGGGCAUUGUCACUUCAGCUCCUUCUUACACUAACCCUUUGUACUUCUUUGGACAUCUGUGUGGAACAAAGCAAGCAUCACAGGCAUUGCACCAGAAGAAUGAGACCCUGAGAAGUGGGGGUUCUGAGUUGCACAGGAAGGGUGUUAAGAAGUUGCAGCAUACUGGAGCUCGGGCGAGUCGGGUCAGCAUAUUGAGAAGAGUGCGGUGUGGGGCGAAGAUGACGCACCAAGAAUCAAUGUGUGCGUCUCCAUUGGGGUUCGAAUCUGGUUCCGAACCGGCGAAUAUGGGACGAACCCGUUACUGUGAUGGUAAGACCGGGUUUAGUAAGGGGAGUUGGACCGCCGAGGAAGACCGGAAAUUAGUUGAUUAUGUUACCAGAUAUGGCUGCUGGAAUUGGCGACAGCUUCCCAAAUACGCCGGAUUGGCGAGGUGUGGGAAGAGCUGCAGAUUGAGAUGGGUGAACUACUUGAAACCAGAUAUCAAAAGAGGCAAGUUUAGCAAAGAAGAGGACCAAAUAAUCUUGAAUUUGCAUCAACAUUUAGGCAAUAAGUGGUCAAGUAUUGCAGCGAAAUUACCGGGAAGAACGGACAAUGAUAUCAAAAACCACUGGCACACUUCUCUCAAGAAACAGUCUAAAGAGCGGCCGCCGCCGCCGCCGUCACGCCGCCGGCGAAAGCCAAACAAGGGGUCUCCGGCGGGAUCUUCAUCUUCACCAAGCAGAUCCGACGGUGGCGAGAAUUCGUCUCAGAACGAAGACGACCACUCGCCGGCGUCUCGUGAUGAGAUCACAGAGAGCUCCGGUCAACGGCCGGCGUCAAGUGGAGAAGCUUCUUCUUCUUCUUCCUCGGCCUUCUUGACGGAAGGUGACGGAACAGUCGCUGACGGCGGAAGUUUCUGGACGGAGCCGUUUAUGGUGGAGGGUAAUGGAAAUGGAUGCUCGUCGCCGUCAACGUCAGGGAGUGAGUUUGACUUUGGCGCCAAGCGGUCGUCGUCAAUGGAGCUCGGAUUUUUGUUCCCGCCUUUUCUUUUUGCUCCAGACUGUGGCGACGACUUUGAUCAUAUACUUUUUGAUUCUCUGUGGUGAAAGAAUUAUAAGUAUUUAUAUCUUCUCUUCUAUGUGUAAUUAAUACUCGUAUUUAAAAAGAAUAUUUCGAGUUUUUUUUUUUUGCCUCAUUCACACUCAAUUUUUUCAUUUGUUUUACGAAUUCUCUUUAAAUCUUAGAACUGCACUAAACACAGGAACUUUUAAUAAUGUUACAUCAAUGACAAAAUAUGAUUAAUGUAUAAUGACUAAAAGUACUACAUUGGG